GACUUUUCACCGGCCAACGGGAGCGGGGCACCGAGAGGUCCCCCCCAACCCACCCCCCCCACCUCCAUCACUCCAAACCCCGCCGAACCGGGGGCGGUGAGGAUGCCGGUGGCUUGACCCGCAGCCUUGUCGCGGCGGGGGCGGCCCCCGGCGGCCCCCGGGGCCAUGUACCAAGGUUUCCCCGGUGACUACGACUCCGGCUCCCGCUGCAGCUCCUCGCCCUCCGCCGAGUCCCAGUACCUCUCCUCGGUCGACUCCUUCGGGAGCCCGGCGGCGGCGGCGGCGGCGGCCGCGCAGGAGUGCGGCGGCCUGGGGGACAUGCCCGGCUCCUUCGUGCCCACGGUGACGGCCAUCACCACCAGCCAGGACCUGCAGUGGCUGGUGCAGCCCACCCUCAUCUCCUCGGUGGCCCAGUCGCAGCCCCCGGGGGCACCCAUGGCCCACCCCCCACCCCCUCCCCACCCCCAAGUGGAUCCUUACGACCUGCCGGGACCCAGUUAUUCCGCGCCGGGAAUGGGCGCCUUCGCCGCCGGACCCACGACGGCGCCGCCGCCGCCGCCAUCGGCACGUCCCGCCCGCGCCCGGCCCCGGCGUAGCCGCGAGGAGACGCUGACGCCCGAGGAGGAGGAGAAGCGGCGGGUGCGGAGGGAGAGGAACAAGUUGGCGGCGGCCAAAUGCCGGAACCGACGCCGGGAGCUGACGGAUCGGCUGCAGGCGGAGACGGACCAGCUGGAGGAGGAGAAGGCGGAGUUGGAGUCGGAGAUCGCGGAGCUGCGGAAGGAGAAGGAGAGGUUGGAAUUCGUCCUGGUGGCCCACGCCCCGGCCUGCAAGCUCCCCUUCGAGGACCUGGGUCCUUUGGGUGCCGGCCCCGUGGAGGUGAGCGCCCUGGGCAAGGAAGAACCGGCGGCUUUCCCACCCCCGGGCUCGUUCCACCCCGGCGGCUGCUGCUUCGUCCCCGGGGUCCCCACGGGGCCACCUAACCCCUCUUCCGCGUCUCCGUUUGUGUUCACCCACCCAGAGGGAGCCACCUGCGGAGCCUCGCAUCAGCGGAGCAGCAGCAGCGACCAGUCCUCGGACUCCUUGAACUCUCCCUCGCUCCUCGCGUUGUGAAAAAAAAAUACCCA